UCAGUUGAGUUGCCAAAGUAGUUAGCCGAGGCGGAAGGAGGAGUCUGCGGCAGUCUGAGGGGGACAUCAUGUAGUUUAACGCACACUGUGUGACUUGAAAUAUUUAGACCUCAGUGUUUCUUCCCUCCUUUUGUUCACUUGGAAACUCAUUUGUGGUUUUUUAACAUCCAACCGACAUCAUGUUCCUGCGCGGAUCUAAAAAGCGACGGUCGAACCGCUCGCAGGAGGAAGAGGACCCAGACAGAGGGCAGCCCUGUAUGCACUGUGGGGACCAGUGCCCCGGCUUCCGUGUCCAUGGCUGGAGGAAGAUUUGUGUACACUGCAAGUGUGUGCGAGAGGAGCAUGCCGUGCGCUCGGUGCCGGGCCAGCUGGAAAAGAUGAUGACGAAGCUGGUGUCAGACUUCCAGAGGCACUCCAUCUCCGACGACGACUCGGGCUGCGCCUCCGAGGAGUAUGCAUGGGUCCCACCUGGGCUCAAGCCCGAACAGGUAUACCAGUAUUUUAGCUGCUUGCCAGAGGACAGGGUGCCUUAUGUGAACAGUCCAGGGGAGAGAUACCGAAUCAAACAACUGCUGCACCAGCUUCCAGCCCACGACAGUGAGCCCCAGUACUGUAACACCCUGGACGAGGAGGAGAAGAAGGAGUUGCGUUUGUUCAGUCAGCAGAGGAAAAGAGAAAACUUGGGCAGAGGCGUCGUCAGACUCUUUCCAGUAACUAUGACAGGAGCCAUCUGCCAGCAGUGCGGCAGACAGAUCUGCGGUGGAGACAUAGCUGUGUUUGCCAGUCGGGCAGGACACGGCAGUUGUUGGCACCCUCAGUGUUUCCAGUGUGCCUCCUGCAGUGAGCUGCUGGUCGAUCUGAUCUACUUCUACCAGGAAGGACAGAUCUAUUGCGGCCGGCACCACGCUGAGAGGCUCAAGCCCCGCUGCCAAGCCUGCGACGAGAUUAUUCUAGCCGAUGAAUGUACAGAGGCAGAAGGAAGAUACUGGCACAUGAAGCACUUCUGUUGUUUUGAAUGUGAGGCUGCACUGGGCGGUCAGCGUUACAUAAUGAGAGAGAGUCGACCGUACUGCUGCUCCUGCUACGAGUCCCUGUAUGCAGAGUACUGCGAUACCUGCGGAGAACACAUAGGUAUUGACCAGGGCCAGAUGACAUACGAGGGUCAGCACUGGCACGCUGUGGAGUCGUGUUUCUGCUGCGCCCGCUGUAAACUACCUCUGCUGGGGCGUCCCUUCCUCCCUCGAGGGGGGCUCAUCUUCUGCUCCAGGUCCUGCUCGCUGGGCGAGGACCCCAAUAACUCCGACUCCUGUGACUCGGCGCUGCAGAGCAGACUGCCUCAGCAUAGACGCUGUGAGACAGCAGAGAAACACCUGCAGCCACAGUGUGGUUCUCCACUGCAGCCACUAGAGGGCAUCAGCCCCCCUAUAACUCCUACAAAAGACUGCAUUCAUACUGCAGUGGAAAACAGAGGCGUCCACUGCACUGCUCCAGUUCAAAGCGGAGUUCCUUCACCCAGUGGUCAUCCUCAUCCAAGGGGCUCCUACUCACCUCUUCCCCACAUUCAUCUAGGAAAUGGCUUAGGUCCAUCUUGGCCCAGCGACCUCCCACAUUACAGUUUACUGCCAGGGGACUGUACUAUCAAACCUCCUGUCGGUGGUCUUCAGUUCCAGGGAGAGCUGAACGGAAAUACUGGACUAACUGGUCUUAAUUCAAGAGGAACCUCUACUGCUAAAGACUGUAGGAACUGGGUGGAAAGGACAAGUCAAGUUAUGCAAGUGUCUCCUCAUCAGAACAACUCACAUGUAAACCACCUCACUUCACGUGACUCGCCUCCCCUCCCGCCCAACAACCCAUCCAUCCUCCCACCUCCUCUGCCCGUCAAGUCUCGUGACUUGAUGCCCCGGGAGUCACCCCCACCAAACCUCCCCCCACCAGAGGAAAGACCCUCUGAUUCUCCGCCCCCGCUGUCUCGCAGUGGCACAGCUAGAGUCAGUUUCAGAGAACCAAUCAGCAGCAGCUACUCUGUUGACGAGGAUGAAGAUGAGAAUGAGGAAGAGCUGCAAGAGGGCGAGGAAAACCAGCAGGACGAAGAUGAGGUGGAGGGAGGUUUUGGAAGCAGGUUACAUCUACAGAAAGGCAUCCCGCCACAGAUGGAUCUACUGGAUGGAUCCUCUUACCACCAGCGGAGUCUGCGGCGAGGGUGGAGCCGGUGCCGUAUCCCCUCCGACCCUGCUCUCCACCCGGGAGCAGAGAGGCGCUCCCGACGCUCGCGACCCGACCGGCCUCGGCUGGACGCCCUGGAGUGGAGAGGCGAGAAAGACAGGGACAACAGGGGCUCCGCCAACGCCUCCUCACUGACCCUGCAGCCGGCCCAGUACAAACAUGAAGACUCCUGUUCUACAUGCACUUCAUCCUCGGACUCAGAAGAAGAGGGCUACUUCCUGGGACAGCCCAUACCUCUGCCCCCGCAGCUCCGAAAGCAGCAGCCUGAGGAGGGCAAAGACAGAAAGGUAGAAGAGGAGAGGGAGGUGCAGAGAGACUGGGGACUGCGAGGCAGCCUACGGCGGAGAAGAGCUCACAGUCUCGGUGCAAAGGACAAAGAUAAAAACUGUGCUAUCUCCUAACCCCUAACAACCAGUAACAUCAAAACACAGCAUGUUUUGUUUCUAAAUUAUGAAGAACUAAGAAGAACUAAUGGCCCUUCAUUACUCUGGUGUUCAAGCUGUUGAUCAGUUUUACGAUGGUGAUCAUGAUUAAAUCAAACACAUGUGCAGACUUUGUUCCUGACACACUGCUUAGCAAAUGGAAGCACAGUAAACCUCAGAAAAGUCACUACCUUAGCUUUAUGGUAUUGACUUCUCAUUGUUCGACUUUGAGACGUUACAGUGUAAAUGAUGUAUGAAUCAUGGGAGUAGUGAUGAAUGUGGAGUGAUUAUUGGUAACAUUUAUGUUUGGAUUAUAUUCUAACAUCCAAGAGAGGACUCAUAACGAUGUUGCAGUUUGUUUGAACACAAACUGUCGUGACCCUGAAGUUAAAUGUUACUGCUUUUUAACACCAUAAUUUACAUAUGCAAACUUACAGUAGACCAGGAACUGACAGCACAUUCCUCCACCACACUUUGUUAAAGGAUUAUUAAAUAUAUCUUAUUUUCAACUCUACUGUAACCAUUUUCCUGUGCUUUUAUGUGCAAUUUGAAUAUUGCUGUAAUAUAUUACAGAUAUAAAUACUAAAUGGCCAAAUAGUAUGGGAUGGAGUGAGAUGACUUCAGCUAACUGGUAGUUUUAUACUUUGGAAAUCAAACUGAUUGUCAAAAUAUCACAUAAAGGAGAAUUUCAGUGGAUAUUGGAGGUGAAGUUUGUUGUGUGUGUGUUGUAUAGUCCAUUCGAAAAACUGCAAAGUCAUGUCUUCAAUCAAAAAAACACUUUUAUGGCUUUAAGGUCAUUUAUUUUUCUAUACUUGGUGUAGGUCACUUUUCUUUCUUGUUUUAUUUUGGGUAAAAGGAAGAGAUUACAAUGUCAGUUUCUGUUUCUCUGAUUGUGUGAGACAAUUUAAUAGUGAUAUUAAAUUUGUCUAAAUUGUC